GGGAAAAUGGCGAAGGAAAUCGCCUUGACUGAGCUUGAGGAGGCUUUGGAAGAGGCCGGCAAAGAAGGGAAGACCCCUCUCUUCCUCGACACUUCAGGUAGGUACCGUCGAAAACACACACAACCCCACGAAUGCGACGGGACAAAGAGAUGCGUCAUGUUCUCUCUUGUCUUCAGGGAAUGUGGACACCUACCUUUCCUACCGCCAAACGACCGUAGUCGAAGCCAAGAAAUGCCUCAUGGACAAACUCAAGGCACGCAAUUAAUAAGGGGCCGGGAAGUGUGUUCGUUUGUUGUUUGACCAAUGAUUGGCCAUCGAUGAUUGUUUGGUGGCGUGCAGGGGACUGCCGUGAGUGACAUCCGGGAGGGUCUGCGGUCUCAACUGGUCAACGCAAUGCGAUAUAGCCACAACCUGUUGAUCAGAAUGGUACACAGAAGGAGGAGAGGAGACACGCAGUGACUGCGAGAGGUGGCAGACACACACGUGUCGAUUGGUUGCUGUAUGCGCUGGCCACACCAACGUUGACAGACCAACUCAGCAGUGGACUUUCUGGGCACCUUCUGCGAGGAAACCACGUUUCCUGUGGAUGUCUUCGACCCAAAUGCGAUUCUGGUACCUGUUUGUAUGUGUUGAGACAUGGCUACAGUAUCUGUCUUGCACAGCUUCUGCAUUGAUUGCCCAUGCGUUCACCUUGUACAGAGCAAUGAAGUGGUGGAGCGAGUGAUCCGCGAUUCGGACAAGAAGGCGGAGGAUGGGCGUGUGUUUGUGCCCCGCGGCCUGACGGUGGUCAUCACGUCCACAUUUGAGAAGGAAGACUACGCUGAGUUCCUCAAGGACGCCAUCCCCCUCGACAAGUGCAUGGUGAGGACGUACGAGCAGGUGUGGUGGCUGGUGCGAUGUGAAUGUCCGACAUGACAUGACAUGUUGUGCAGGUCUUCUACGUCAAAAAGUCGGCGUGAGGCUGCCACGUCUCUAUGGCCU